CUGAGGAAGUCACCGCUCAACAUACAUUCAACUGUCGCUCUUUGAGUGAGUUUCUCUGUAAGAUACGAGUUAAAACACGAAGCUAACAGAAACAAAAAGACGACAGCAAACCACCCGAACAUCGAAGAUGACGCAGGAAAAUAUUUUUGUCUUCGUUCCCAAUUUAAUUGGUUACGGCCGCAUUGUGUUGGCUCUGGUUUCCUUCUACCUGAUGCCCUGCUGUCCGUGGCCCGCGGUCUUCUGCUACCUGCUCAGUGCUCUGCUUGAUGCUUUUGAUGGCCACGCUGCACGGGCACUCAAUCAGUCCACUAAGUUUGGAGCCAUGAUGGACAUGCUGACUGACCGCUGUGCCACCAUGUGUCUGCUGGUGAAUCUGUCCCUGCUCUACCCCUCCUACACUUUCCUGUUCCAGAUCAGCAUGUGUGUGGACAUAGCCAGCCACUGGCUGCACCUGCACAGCUCGACAAUACACGGAUCGGCCAGUCACAAGUCCAUCGACCUCUCUGGCAACCCUAUCCUCCGAAUCUACUACACAUCCAAGCCGGUGCUGUUUGUGAUGUGUGCUGGGAACGAGCUCUUCUUCUGUCUGCUCUACCUUCUCCAUCACAUCCAGGAACCUGCAGCAUGGCUCUACUGGCUGCAGGGUCUGUGCUUUAUCAUCUGCGUGGUGAAGACCGGCAUCAGCCUCGUGCACCUAGUCACCGCCUCCCAGAACAUGGCCGCCCUCGACGUAGCCGAGCGGGAGGCAAAGAGGAAGACGCAGUGAGAGAGAGGAGUGAGUGAGAGCCUCAGCAACAAAUCCACCUUGGUUUUUAUUUAUUACUAUUAUAAGGGUUUAACAGUAGACUUUGUGCACUUAAAUACGGCGUGAAACACAUCACUUCAGUUUGUCUGACAACUUCAGAAAGACAGAAAGUUUAUGACCAAAUAUUGCAAAUUAGAUGUGUCUCAAAACAAGAAAACAAGAGUUCAACAGUUUCUACAGUUGAUUUUUCUCUGACUUAUUUUACAAACAUACGCUGUUGACAGGUUUGACACUUUGGUGAUAUGGCAAUAAAUGCAGUGAGAAUUAUGUGUCAAAAUUGAUCUCCCAAUAUCAAAAGUCAUAUAUUGUAAAAGAAGUCUUUCAUAAGCAUCACCCCGUACUAGCUGGAUGUAAGAAUGGGCAGUCAGUAUUUUCAGUUUGUCCCUCUUAUGAAUUUUUUCACAUCUGAGUCACAGUUUCAGCUCAUAAAAUUAGUUUUAUUUAGACAAUCUGUCUUUUCUGGCUCAGGGUUUCCCAGAGUUUUUCAAAGUGACGGAAGAAAUUAUGCCAUUUUUAUCAAAUAUCAAUAAGGAGGAUUGAUAAGGAGGAUCCGUCUGAUCCAGCUCAGCAGGCGAUUGAUUAAAUGAUCACAUCGUAGUGUUGUUUUGCCGUGUUAAAUUAGAGCAGCAUGUCACAAUGUCAGAAGAAAUUAAAAAUGUCUGAGACAAACCGUUCACUCAGUCACCUCCUGCGCUACAGAUCAGACACCAGGCUGAAAUCAGUCUCCGUGGAGUUGAAGUUAAAAGUUCAUAUUGAUUUUGCAACAGCCAGCCAAUCUAGUGCGAGGAAACCCUGGAGCUAUCAUGUUUGCUUUGGAUGAAAAAUCCUCGUCCCAACUUUAGAAACAUGUUAAAAAAUAUUGUUUAUCGAGCAGCAGAAGAUGAUUUGAAGAGUGUUUACAAAUCCUGGAGAAACCUUCAGAGCUGCACGAAAUGCUGUUAAAGAGGACCUAUUCUGCUCAUUUUCAGAUUCAUCCUUGUAUUUUGAGUUUCUACUAGAACAUGUUUACAUGCUUUAAUGGUCAAUGGUUAUUUUCCUCAUACUGUCUGUGCUGGAACACCAUCUGAAAUGUUCCAUUUUAGUGCCUGUCUCCUGAGCCCUCCUCCCAAAAGAGCCUAAUCUGCUCUGAUUGGUCAGUGUUUCCAGGUCUUCAUUAUCUGUACCAUCAUUGAGCCGGGGGUGACUGUAACGGAGUACAGCGGCACUUUCUAACAUGAACAAUCACCAAUAAAAGCUUCUAAACCAAAUCUUUGCAUCCAGACAUCUUCCAGUAGGAGUAUGAUCCGAAAUCGGUGAGAAAUAAACAACAUCAGCAAGCAGGAUUCCAUGUUUCCCUGACAUUAGCAUGUAGCUCAUGUAGCAGUGUGUUGGAAACACUUGCUGUAGCGUGCCUGGUAAUCAUGCACGGGUCAGGGUUUAAAAGCCCUGCAUCAGCCCAACCCAUUAUGAGAGCCAGUUUGCCCCACCUGCCUCGCAAAUCACCUGAACCCAACCCAAAAACCAGAGCUGAAAGUUCUGGAAAUAAUAUCCAACUUGCUUUUAGUUGUAUUGUGUGUCAAUAUCAGUAAAUAUCACAGUGUAAAAUGUGUGUAAAACAUUUUUUGUUUAUAAAGUACAAAAGUAGGUAGACAGCAAGUGCUCACUCAUCAUUUAAGUGGUUAGGUCUCCAACUUGAUCUCGAGAGCACAGCUGAUAUCAUACAUGGUUUGUUUACAUGAGCUCCCAGCUGAUCGGUACAGUUGUUUGAUUGUUUACAGAUGUAACAUAAGAGAGCCUUGUUUGCUGUUAGGACACAGUGUUAGUCCUGCAUAUUCUUAGAGGGAAAUAUUUAUACUGGACUGGAGAGAUUUAAUAUGGUCAAAUAGCGUAUAACAGAAACUCAAGCGCAGCAGGGCUGAUGAUGAAGCCGCUUGCUUGCUGUGUGUGAUUGGGAGAGACAGAGAGAGGGGAAGAGAAGGUGAAAGGUGGACUGCUGCAGUGUUUCUGUAAGUUAUUAAUAACUUACUCAGACUGCUGCUUUGUCACUUUAAGAUCCACUCAAGAGAAACCAACGAUAUUUUCUAACCCAAACUAUCCAACGCGCAGGUCAGCCCACAGAACCCAAGGGUUGUGGGUCGACCCGUGCAUCACUAGUGCAUAGAGCAGAUGACCAUAUAAAGAAAUGCAUCAUGAGCUGGCGUCAGCUUGUCCCCAAAAAAAAGUAGAAGAAAAACUUAAGAAACAGAGUAUUCUUAAUGGUCUGAGACCAUUCUUACAAAGAUUACUUUUACAUUAAUUUACCUCAACAUUUGAAGCUUUGGCCACGUUCAGUGUGAACAUCGGACACUGUGACAUUAUAGAUAUGACAGAAAAUAAGAGAAGGUAUAAUGGGUCCCCUUUAAACAACCUUGUGGGUUUUAUGUUUUAGAGGGACUCAUCUUUAACUCUGUGACAAGGAUGUAAUGAUGAUACAUAAGAAGCACAAACUAGAAAUGUUACAACUGUUACACGCCUUCAUGAUCCUAACUCCUUUUUUCUUUCAAUGAUGUCUUAACAUGCCUCAGCAGGUGGCUCUUUGUAGCAUUUUCAUUACCUUGAAUUCUGAUAAUCAUGAAAGUUGUUAAGCAGGCAAAGACGUGGAGUUUAAUAUUCACACUGGUUGUUUGAGAAAUGAAUCUGUAGAGGCCAGAGACAGCAACCACAGUGAAGUUCUGGUGCUCCUAUACCACAUUUAGAUCAUGAGUCAUUUUAUGUGAAGCUGCUCAUGUUUUACAGCCACUCUUUUGUCCAGUUUGGUUUUACUCAUCUGCAACAUCUGGAAGUUUGAAUAUGAAAAAGACAAUCAGGCUAAAGCGACUAUAAAAUAUGUUUAUUAAGAAAUGUAUCAUUUUGAAAAAUGAUAGUCAAAUGAAAUAUAUAACAUGUGAAAUCAAAAGAAGCUAAA